AUGGAGGAGGUCACCCUGCCGGGAGGCCGGAGUGCCAGUUUUGAAGCGUGUACGGGCUACUUUGACCCCGAUGUAAGCUGGCUGGAGGAUGCCGCCAAGGAGAGAGCAGACCUCAAAAUCACAGCUCUGGUGAAAAAAAGGCGAGAGACCAGCAGGAGUAACAAGGGCGUGCCGCCCAUGGAGAGGAAGAUUCUCAGAGGCAAAUACCUCUUGGCGCCGCAACUUUGGAAUGAGUAUGCAGGCAUAGUCUGCAUUCCAGAGGCAGCUGCAGCUGACAUUUGUGCACGGGUCCUGCCAAUAUACGCCAGGAUUGUGACCGAGUGGGAGUGGUUACAGAGGAGAGAGGCGGAGAAGGAGUCCGAGGAGAAUGCCUCGUAUGAAUUCGGUAUAUACGUCUGGGGCGACAAGGGUGACCGCGCCUGCAUCCCCAACGGCAAGGUGGAUGUCUUGGAGGAAGAUGCCAACAUAUUCGGGAUUAUGGUCAAUCUGUUCAAACCGGAGGUCAGGAAGCCCUUCUACAAGCACGCUGUGGAUAGUGAUUCCUCAGCCUGA